AUGAAAAAUGAGAUUUCCCUUCCUCUCUUUCUCUUCACUCUGCCCUGACCGUCGUCAAUCUUUCAGGUCGCCGUCGCCGAUUCGUCUACCAAAUCACCACCAGAGAAAGGAAGGAAAGGGCCCAUGUCGCCGUGCAGAUCUGGAUUUUAAACGAUUUUGUUUCCCUGAGAUCUGGGUUUCUUCAAGAAAGCCCGCUGUAGAGGUUCAACUCUCCGAUUUGGGCAGUGUCGCCAAGAAGGAAGGAGAAGUCGCGCCGUUGCCGAGGAGGAAGGAGAAGCCGAGUCGCAUCCGUCGAUGAAGGAAGUCACCUUGCCGCUCAUCGUUGUCGCACCCAACGGAGGAAGAAGGUCGCGUCGAGGAAGGUCUCCUCAGCAGCGUAACCGGAAUCGGAAUCCGAUGAUUAUUCCUCCGCUGGUUCCAACUACUGGGCUGGUUCUAUGUAAUUGGCCGAUAUUCCCGCGACGAUGAAGGAAGAUGAAGGGAAAAAGGAGGAGGAAGGGGUACCUAAAUCCGUCGUCUCCUUCAGAGCUCCGUCGUCUCGCUCUGUCGUCUCCUCGCCAGCGCUCCGACGCUUCGUUCGCCAAAAUCCCCGGCCUGGGAAUGCACGGCCGGGAGCAACGCUAGCCUUUUCCGGCUUUCACAUGACGAGGGACGAAGCCGGCGCCGUUGAUUUUGGUUCUGUGGUGGGCGAUGGGUUUGGUUUCGCCGGAGUCGUCGAGGGCUUCUUCUUUGAGGGAGAAAAUCGAACGGGGAGAUUGGGUGGAAGAGAGUGAAGAGAGAGGGAGUGAUUAGAUAAUGUUUCUGAUUUUCCCCUUUUCUUAUUUCAUUUUUUGGUUAAUUUUAAUUAGGUGCCACAACAGAAAAAAUGUGCCACGUGUACAGUUUUAUUCCACGUCGGAGUCAACUGACGGCUGACCAGACGGAGAGUUGACGAUUUGGCUAAUAACAUGUUUUCGAAAAA